AUGGAGAAGGGUCGUCGUCGGUCCAGGGGUUUGAGCACCCUGGAAAAGACUCUGAUAGGUCUCUUUGUGGCCAUGACCUGCGUCUGCAUCGGCUUUAUUGUUGUCUUCUUUGUUGGGAAAGAUGACUCUUCUGCUCAUACAGAAGGGCCGGACUCAGGGUGUGGUGGUCCUCAGCAGCUGUCUGAAGAGUCGGGCACUUUUACCAGCUUUAACUACCCCAGUAGCUACGACAAUGGAAAGAGCUGCACCUGGCACAUCACUGUGGACCCUGACAAGGUGAUCCAACUGUGGUUUGAAGAGUUUGCUUUGGAGGAAACCCAGCUCUGCACGGCAGACUUCAUCACACUGCGAGACUCUCUGGGAACCAUUGGUAAAUACUGCGGCUACACCAAGCCAAAGCCGGUGGUGUCGCUCACAAACCACCUGACAGUGUACUUCGACACCAAUGACCAAAAAACAGACCAAGGAUUCAAGGCUCAUUAUAAAGCCGUGGCUCCAGAGCUCGCACCAGAAAUAGCCGGAGCUGGUGGCUUUGUCCAAGGUGACCAGGGGGAUCUGAUGACCCCUGGCUUCCCAGAGCAAAACUACCCAAACGGAGCACUAUAUCAGUGGAGAAUCACAGUGCCUGAAGGUGAGAAGGUUCGACUGACGUUUACCUCCUUUGACCUGGUCCCUGAGGCUUGUGGAGACUUUGUUCAGGUCUACGAUGGACACGAGGCUGGCUCUUCUUCAAUCAGUAAAUUCUGUGGGAACAUGAUGCCAAAAACAGUGGAGUCCAAGACAAACACAAUGGUGGUCCGCUUCAAGUCAGAUAACACCUUGACUUCUAAAGGGUUCAGCGCGACUUUCACCAAGUCCAGCCUUCCACCUGUCACACCCCAACCCACCACGCCCAGACCCUCCACACAAACAGCCACCACACAAACCUCUCCACCUCCAACAACUUCUGGAGGAGGUGGUCCAGUAAUCCUUCAGGGGCGUAAAGGAGUGAUCCAGUCACUGGGUUUCCCAAAUCCAUAUCCUCCUCAUCUGAGAAGCUCCUGGAAGAUAUCUGUGCCCAGAGGAUUCCUGGUUAAACUGCAGAUCACUGAUAUAGCCAUCACAGGAGAGACUGGACAGUGCAAGGAGGACAAAUUGAUCAUCUCAGAUAAUUACAACACAUUAGGCACACACUGUGGCUACAUUCUCCCCCCGCUGGUGGUCAGUGCCAGUGACACGAUAUCUGUCAGCUUCCAGUCAGACAGUCGCCUCACAGACCGAGGAUUCUCUGCCAGGUGGGAAGCUGUGUAUCCUGAGGAUAUUGCAGAAAUCCAGGGCUGUGGCAUUUCCUCCAAAGAGGAAACAGGAGUUAUUAAGUCCCAGAACUGGCCCAUGAACUACAGAGCUAACAGCGAGUGCAUGUGGAACAUCGCUGUGCCUUUGGGGAAAAAAAUCACGCUGAAGUUCACCCACUUUGACCUAGAAGCCAAAGAUUUCCUGACGUCCAAAUGCUAUGAUAACAUAAUAGUGUAUGACAUCAAUGGUUUGACUAAUGCACUGCUUCAAAAGCACGGUCCAUUUUGUGGGACUAAGCUGCCUCCUACCAUCAAGACAAAAGGCAACAGACUGGUGAUCCGUUUCCAUUCAGACCUGUUUACUGAGGCUAAAGGCUUCCGGGCCUACUGGACAACAGACCCCAGUUUGCCUGCUCCCACUGAGCCGCCUGCUCCACCCAACCCCUGGGAUAACAUCACCAUAGACUGGCCCAAUGACUGUGGGAAACCAGCCAUCCAUCCUGUUGUUGUGUCACGCAUUGUGAACGGAGAGGAGGCCAGGCCACACUCCUGGCCCUGGCAGGUGUCCAUGCAGGUCUGGCCAGCCAGUCGUCCAGAGCCCACAUUCUUCCACACCUGUGGUGGUACUCUAAUUCACAAGAACUGGGUACUUACAGCAGCCCACUGCUUCAUAAACUAUGCUGAUGAGCUGCAGCGCUGGCGCAUGUGCCUCGGCAAACACAACCUGACUUACACAGAGCCGAGUGAGCACUGCUUCAAUGUGACUGGUAUCUAUCGCCAUGAGGGCUUCAAGUAUCCCACAGUGCCCACAGUGGAGUUUGACAUUGCUCUGGUCAGGUUGGACGGGGAGGUGAUACCCAGUGAUGAGAUCUCAUACGCCUGCCUUCCCUCUGAGGAGGAAGUCCUGCCUGGGGGAAAGAAGUGCUACGCCACCGGCUGGGGAGACGAGACCGGUGAUUCACUAAAUGCUAAAGUUGCAGAGAAGCUAAACCAGGUCGCCCUGCCUGUUGUGCCGCAUGACACCUGCAAGAGGAUGGAUUACUGGUGGUUUCAGGUCAAGACCUCCAUGAUCUGCUGUGGUUACACCCUGCCUGAUGAGCUCAAGUCCGUCUGUCAGGGAGAUUCAGGUGGUCCGCUGGUGUGCCAGGACACCCCCACUGGUCCUUGGGAAGUUCAUGGUAUAACCAGCUUCGGCCCUAUUGGAUGUAUUAUGAAUAAGAAGCCCUCUGUGUUCACCCGCUCCUCUGCCUACAUCCCCUGGAUCCAAAAUGUCAUCCGCAGAGACAUGUACAACAAGCACACAUCUGGCUGUGGUGGGCCAAAGGACAUGACUGGUUCAGCAGGCAUCCUGUCCUCCAUGGGUUACCCUGGCAGCUACAACAACAAAGCUCGCUGCCAGUGGAACAUCCGGGUGCCCCCUGGCAAACUGGUCCACCUCCAUUUCCACAGUUUCUCCCUGGAGGAGAGUCAGAUGUGCUUAAAUGACAAAGUCAGCCUCAGAGACAGAGCAGGAAGUUUAGGCACACACUGCAGCCAUGUUCCCCCUAAAGACCUGGUGAGUGACGGAGACACGCUUCACAUCAGCUUCUCCUCCAAUGACAAGGUGGUGGACACGGGCUUCACUGCCUCCUGGAUGGCAGUGGACCCUUCAGAGGUUCCUUGUGGAGGGAGCUUCAGCAGGAAUCAGGGUGAAAUCAUCUCUCCUAACUGGCCCAGUGAUUACCAAGCCCAGUCUGUGUGCACGUGGCGUAUCACCAUUCCCUCAGCAAAAAGUGUCCAUGUGGCCUUCACUCACUUUGAGCUGCAAGCUGAAAACGUGUUGGGAAGAUGUGUCGACUAUGUGGAGAUCUUUAAUGGAGAAAGCAUGACAUCACUAGGUAAAUUCUGCGGCUUCACCCUUCCAUCCAAGAUGACCAUCCACAGCAGCACAGUUGUCAUUCGCUUCCUUAGUAACGGAGCUGAUCAACAGAAAGGUUUCCGUGGUUACUGGACGACUGAUGCCAGUGUAAUCCCAACUUUACCUCCCCCACCUCCUAACCCAUGGGACAACAUCACUAUUGACUGGCCAGUAGAUUGUGGAAACCCAGAAGUGAAACCCAGCACAGCCACCCUGAGGGUCGUUAAUGGGGUGGAGGCCACCCCCCACUCCUGGCCCUGGCAAGUGUCAAUGCAGGCUACACCGAUGCUUCCUAUACCUUACAUGCACGGUUGUGGAGGAUCUUUGAUUCAUGAAGACUGGAUCCUGACUGCUGCUCACUGUUUCAUGGUCCCACUGAAUAGACCCUCCUACUGGCGCAUGUGUUUGGGGAAGCACCACAUGAACUCCUCCAUGGACGUUCCCUCAGUAGAGGAGUGCUAUAAAGUGGAUGCCAUCAUCCGCCAUGAGGGCUUUGUGUACGAGCAGGAUCGCACUGACAUCACCAAUGAUAUAGCCCUGGUGCAUUUGGCCAAGCCUGUGAACAUGACAAGGGAGAUCAGCCCCAUCUGUCUGCCCAAACCUGGAGCUGUGAUGCCUGCUGGGACGCCCUGCUUUGUCACAGGCUGGGGAGAUGAGAAAGGUAACCUGUUUCCCAAAGUGGCUGAGAAGUUAAACCAGGCAGCCCUCCCCGUUGUAGACUUCCAGACCUGCAGUAAGCCUGCUUACUGGUGGGACACCCUCAGACCCUCCAUGAUUUGUGCUGGCUACGAGUCCCCAGAUGAGCUCAAGUCAGCCUGCCAGGGUGACUCUGGAGGUCCUUUCGCCUGCGCGGCCGCUGGAACAAACACGACCUGGGAAGUGCACGGUAUUGUCAGCUUUGGACCGCAGGGCUGCAUCAAAGACAAGAAACCUUCAGUGUUCACCCGCGUCUCUGCCUUCAGUGAUUGGAUAGACCACAACAUCAAGAAGUUUAUAUAUGAAAAUGGUAAAACUAACUGAAGCGCCUGUCUUGAAAUAAAAAUUUUGACAGUG